UGCCCCAAAACAUGCAGAUUUGGGAUUAGGGGAUUAAGAGGUAGAUAGUGAAUAACUGAACAACUUCACCAAUAAACACAGUGAGUACCAGCCAAUCAAAGCCAGGAGGGGAGUGGGGAGGGCGGGGCAUGCAGGCCGUUGCCAUCCUGCUGUUGUUGACAAAUGCUGCAACUGGACAAACAAGGCUUUUUUGUUUACUGGACAGAGACCUGACAAACAGGAGUUUGACUAAGUAGGACAACAAAGUCCAGAGAUAUUCAAAUAUUCACAAAUACUCUAAAAACAACAACAACAAAGAACUGUUCGGAUCACGACACUGAAGUAUUUCAUUUAAAUUAAAUUCAAAUUUAAUUUUAAUCACAUCAUUUGUCAAUUCAUGAACAAAAAACCUUAUCCUUUCCAGGGUCGUGUGUCGUUAGUCCAAUAGUACUGUCCAGUCAGUCCGACGAAGUCAUGUGACUCCAUUAUGAUCCUGUAGUGUUGUGUCAAAUAGUGUGAUGUUGAUAAACUUGACCCCCCCUCCUGCUCCCCCCUCCCAUGUGACCUCUAAGCCUGACCCUGCGUGGCGUUGUCUUACAGUGGAUCAGCACCACAGUGGUCCAGUAGAAGACUCACUCAUUGUCCUGCUGACAGGCAUUCUGUGCAUAUUUUCACUGACCUAGGCACAGACACACAACACAGGGAAACUUCCCCCCCCCCCCCCACACACACACACACACACACACACUCAUUCCAUUCUCUAAUAGAGUGCUUUGUGCAUUCACUCACUAACUGGGCAGCUACUGAAGAGAGAGAAGCUGGUGGUGGGAGGAGGAGGAGGAGGGAGACGCAGACAGUCGGAGACAGAAAGAUUCCAAAGAAAAUCGAAGCAGGGCCGAGCGGCCAGAGAAGGAGAGAGGAUGAGAAGGAGAGAGGAUGAGAAGUGAAGUCUGAGCGGAGAGCAGAGCCAGCCGGACAGGAAAGGGGAAAACAGGAAUAGGAAGGGGAGCGGGGCUUGUCCGGCAGAGAGGAAGAGAGUGAACUGUUGUUAAAGAAGCCGGGGGGCGGGGGGCGAUGGGGAUGGCGUUGAUCUCUGGGAGCUGCCGGCGUUUGUGCCAGAUGGCGUCUUGUUGCUGCAGACCGCUGCUGAAGUUCUCCUGCUGUGGACCUGACAUCAAAACCUGCCUCUCCUCCCUCACAGACAUCUCUCCUGCUGAGCUGGAUGCUCUGUGGAGGGAACCACCAUAUUCUUUUGGGAGAUCAGAUGAUCACUUCUCCGGGAAUGACAUCAUGACUCAGGAUGGGGGUGAGGAGGAGGACGGACAUCUGGCCGACCCCGGUGAGAGAGUGGACGAGGCUGAUGGGUACUGGAAGAAGGAGGAGGCCUUCUUCAGAGGAAGCACUGUGUCCCUGGGAGACAGAUUUUCUUCAGAAAUCGUUCUGUUGUUCACUGGCCGGCGACGCUCGAGUGUGGAUCCUGACAGGAGCCUACAGGAGGCGCUGCGGACACGACUGCGGGUGGUUGAGAGCAACAGCCAGGACGUGAUCCAGCUCUUCAAAGACUUGUCUGCGCGGCUGGUCUCUGUCCACGCUGAGAAGGACAGUUUUGUCCUGACGUUUAAGACGGUGGAGGAAGUCUGGAAGUUCUCAACCUACCUAGCACUGGGUUAUGUGGCCCGAUGUUUGGAGAACUUUCUGUGUGAUCAGUCCUUCUGGCUGGACCCAGAUCUGCUGAGUGACCUGGAGAUCAACGUCACUGUGGAUGAGGAACAGUUGGCAACGCUGUACCUGGGACUGUUGCUUCAAGAAGGAUCCUUCUUUGCAAAAACCCUGUAUACAAGAGGUGAGGAGGAUGAAGAUGAUGAAGAACAGCUGCCGUUCAAAAAGAACGACCUUCUGAUGGUGAGGGACACAGGACAGGACAAGCUGAGGGAGGGGACCAAUCUGUCCACAGGGCACCACGGCCUGGUACCGAUCAGUGCCCUGCAGCCACUGCCCUAUCCCUUCUAUCAGUGGUUCCUGAGGAAGUUCCCCAGCUCUGCUGGAUGUUCAGCAGUUGAAAAGGGACCAUUUGAAGAUGCAAUAGUCACAGGGUCCUGUUUGGCGACGGUCGACCUCCAGCCUGUGGGUCCAGACGAGCUCCAGCUGAGUCAAGGUGACGUGGUGCAGAUCCAGGGUUUACUCCUCCAAGCUCUGGAUGUCUUCGUUGGAACCAACACCUCCACUGGACAAACUGGGUUCAUACACAAGGCCAAUGUCAAACCUCUGGACACUAAGCCACUAGACGGACAGUUGGUCUUUCUGACUGAGGAGGAGCGGUCCAGUCUGACCCGGGUCAACCCCUGCAGUGUGGAGUCGGGGGACAGAGUUCUGCUGGAGAGACUCUUCUCCACCGACAUCAGCUCCGUGUACAGACUCGACAGACUGGAUGAGACUGACUUCAUGUACAUCAGGAACCAGCCCAGACACGAGCACAAGAUUUCUUCCAGCACCCAUCAAAGUGUCACAUCCGAGCGCAGUGCGGGGACACCCCCGGACAACUCCUCCCCUCGCCACUCCCUCUCUCCCUUCUCCUCUCGUCUGUCCCUGUCCCAGUCCAAAAACCCUCUCCCUCAGGACAGUGAACAUCUCUCCUUCACUAUUGACGAUACCUUCAGAGAGCUGGACGAGUUCCAGACAGAACCGGCACUCUUCCUAGAAGAGAACAGUUGGGAGGGGGGGGACUCAGAGCUGAGUGACCUGACACUGACCCUGCUCAACCAUGAACAAUUCCAGGAGGACUUCCUUCCUCUGUAUGACCUUCACUUCUCCUUCCUGUGGACGACGUUUAGUGGGAAGACGGAGGAGGAACUCUCAGGUCACCUUGAAAACGUCAGGGAGUGGGCCAAGAGGAUGGGCAUGCACUGGGCCCACCGGCGGUCCUGCUUCCUGCUGGGGAGACUGUGCGCCAAGAAGCUGAAGCUGUCGCAGGCACGCGUGUACUUCGAGGAGGCUCUGAGUGUUGGCGUGAGCAGUUUCUCCGACACUCCGCUCCUCGUCGCCCUCUACACCCACCUCACUGCUCUGUACCUGAAGCAGCGCAUGGCAGACAAACUGAGCCACACCCUGGAGAAGGCCAGUGCUCUGCUCCUCUGCCUCCCCAGCCACAGCUUCACCUCCAUAGACGAGGUUGAACUUCUGAAGCUGCUGCUGAGGAGGUCGGUGGUCAUGGGGGACAAAGUUCUGGAAGCUCGCGUCUGCUACCUCAUCUCCAGUCUCUUCCUGCUUCUAAAAAAGACAGACGAUGCUCUUCCUUUUGUUGAAAGACUGCAGUUUCUCUCAGUGACUGUGUCGGCUGCUGAGGAGCGACCCAUAGCUCCCGUGGACCUCAACUGGCUCCUGAGCUGCCUCUACCAUCAUAAAUACAUGCCUUACUUAGCACUAGCUUCUCUGAGUUUGGACUCCAGACAAGAUCAUUCCCUUCAGAACGCCUUUGGAAAGAUUGAGUUGUUCAUCAAGAACUCUGUCCGCCUGAAUCCACACUGGAAGGAAGGGACGUCCCUGGUCCCGGCACAGAUCGUGGUCUACCUUCAGCAGGCUCUGGCUAUAGCUGAGCAGGGAGUGGACAUGAAGACCCAGAGAGACCUGUGUUUGGGCUUGGCUUCGGUCUACCAGCAGUACAACACCUUGGACAAAGCGGUGCUGUGUGUCCAGCAGGCCGUGGAGAUGGGCAGCCACAUCAACGAGGAGGAGAGCUUCGAGGCCUCUGUGCUGCUCGGAUGGUUGCUGAUGCUGACGGACCAGGUGGAGAGGGCCCAGGACAUCCUGCUGCCGCUGCUCACGUCACUUCAGGGGACAGACAGUCCCACACAGCGAGGAGUCAUUCACAACCUUCUGGCUCUGUGUCUGAGGCGACAGUGUCGCGUCCCAGAAGCCGGCUGGCAUCUCCACUCAGCCCUGGUGAUCUCCAGGGAGAGUGGGAACCAGAGGAACCAGGCCCUGGCUCUUGCUAACCUGGGCUGCCUGGCUCUGGACGUAGGAGCGACGUGGAUCGCCAAAAGUUUCCUAGUCACAUCUCUGCACCUUUUCCUUGAGCUUUGGGGAAACCCGACUGACGAGGAGCACGUUCAGACCUACCUCUGGUUGGGGCGGAGCUACAAAGAUAGGGGGCGGAGUCAGGACAUCAGAGCAUGUUAUGAAAUGGGAUUACUGAUUGCACUUCAUGCCAGAAACCUGCACAGUCAGAUGGUCGUGGCCAAGGUUCUGAGUCGACUGUACGCCGACAUGCUGCUCUACGGUCAGAGCAUCGUUUACUUCGAACACUGUGUUUCAGUGUCCAGAGAACUCAAGGACAAGACCCUGGAGGGGGAGUACCUGGAAAUCCUGAGUAACCUUUACCUAACACUGAACACUGAGAGAUCUUCUCGGAAGUCUCUGGACUACACCAAGCAAAGUCUGAGGAUUUCUAUUGACCUCGGCAAAAGGGAAGAAGAGUCUGAGACCUGGCUGCAGGUGGGGCGCAUUUAUUACCUCAUUCAGGAGGACGAGCUGGCUGACAUGUACCUGCAGGCAGCGGUGAAGACCGCCCUGAGGAUGAACGACCCUCACUUUGCCAUGAGCAUCUACGAGGAGGCGGGAGACGUCUACUUUAAAGGACACAGGAAUCAGAUGUCAUCUCUGCCUUUCUUCAGGGAUGGCAGUUUGCCGUUUGCACGCAGCAUCAAGGAUGUGGAUUCAGAGUUUCGUUUGCUGAGUAAAGUCACGGAGCUGUUGACGAGUCACGGUGAACUGGACGAGGCUCUGCAGUACGCCACCCUGACCGUUCAGGUGGCCGGCAGAACAGCCGUACAGAUGAACGAGAGGACAGCCUACCACCGUCUGGCUACCAUCUAUUACCGACUGCAGCAGUAUGAGAUGGCAGAAAACUACUACCUCAAGUCACUGUCCUUCUGCUCACCGGUCCUGCAGCACCCAGCAGAGGCCCACUACUACACCAGGGUCUACUGCAGACUGGGGAAUCUAACCCUGCACCAACUGAAGGAUGCUCUGGACGCCAUGGGCUACUUCCAUCUGGCCCUUGCUGCGGCCCUGGUGGACCAGGACCACCCGGAGGAUCUGUACGUGGUCUACAUGAAGCUGGCAGAAAUCCAUUACAACCACAUGCCCGACACCGAGCUGUGCCAGACCUACAGAGACAGAGCCCGCAGUCUGAAAAGAGUCCUGGCCAGAGAGGACGGGAGUUCUGUUGGAGAGAACGUGAUGACAGAACCGGGCCGACAGAGGACAGAGGACAUGGAUGUUGAUGUGGGACAGACCAGUGGUUUGUUUGACAGGGACAGCAUCUUAGACUCUAUACCUGAAGACGACAGCUACAAGGUCGAGCUGAGCCCAAGAUCGUGUCUGAGACGAGCAGCUAAUAAAUACACCGAUGGGACAGAAGCUCAGAACCACCGGCCUGCAGGAGGUCCAUCUGUGGACGGGUGUGAGACGGACACCAUAGCCAGCCGGUCCUACAGCGACAGUAUUCUCACCGGGUCCUUUGACACAGCGAAGGAGCAGAUCUCAGACACCAGCAGCUCCACUGACACCUACCAGAACCCCAGUGAUGGAAGAGACACUGACCACACCUGUGACAUCACAGGCCGCACUGACGCUUCAGACACAGACAUGAGAACGGCCGAUGGUCAGCCCGACACUGAGGCCGAGGGACUCAGUCCACCUUAACAGACCAUGUCCACCUUAACAGACCAGGUCCAUGUUGGUAGACAGAGGAAGAUCACGUGACCUCUGUGGACAUGUUCUAGCACUUUAUGUUCUACUCUGACAUUUCCUCUGUUUGUGGAUCAACCAGUUGACUCCAAUGUUCCCACCACAGGACACUGGUUCUAGGAAACGUAAUGGCAGUAUUGCAUUUUUCAAGUAAUUCAGACAAAUGAAAGCAUGUGCCUUC